AUGAAGAAUAUAAUAGAUGAAUAUGAAAUAAUAGGAAAAAUUGAUGAAGAAAAAAACAAUACUUCAAAUAGUUUAUUAAAUAAUGGAGAGUUUAAUAAUAAACCUAAUGAUAUAGUAGACAAAAGUAGUUGUGAAUUGAUAAAAUCAAAUGAAUAUAGUAAUGAAUUAUUGUCAGGUAGUUCUAUUUUUAAUAUAUCAAUGAAUUCUAAAAAAAAUGAGACAGAUAACAUAAAAAUAAAAGAAAUAGAAGAAAAUACAAAUGAAAAUACUAAAAAGAAAUGUUUAAAUGAUGUAUUAAAUGGAAAAAUUGACAAAAAAGAAAUAUCAGAUAAUUACAAGCUAAAUUAUAAUAAUAAUGAUGGAUCAUUAAAUUUAAAUGAACAAAAUGAUAAAAACUUUAAUUAUGAAAAAAUACAUAAUAGUGAAAUAAAUGAGAGUAAAUUAAAUACAAUAAAAGAUAAUAAAAUAAUUAAUGAUGAAAUUAAGAAAAUUUCUGGAAAUAAUGAAGAAACAAACGAUAAUGUAAUAUUAAAACAAGAAUUAAAUAAAGAUACUGUAAAUAAUAAUAAAGAUAAUUUAAAAAUUACUAAUAAUGAUAAAAAUAAUUCCAAAAGGCAUUAUAAAGUUUUAAUACAUGCCCCUGCUUGCUGGAAAGGUGAAAAAUUCAACUCUACACCAUUUAUAUUUAUAUAUGAUAAGUCAAUAAAUUUUUUUACAUAUAGUGAGUCACCAUUAGAAAUAGAAAAAUAUAUUAUUGAUACAAGUUCAGAUGAUUUUGAAAGUAGGGUGUUAACUAUUAUAUUUUAUGAUUCCUUAUUUGCAUGUUCUACAGCUUCUCUACUUAUGAAUAAUAAUAAGAGUGAAUUAGAACGGUUGCCUAAACCACUUAGUGUCUUUUAUCUACCAUUAUCAAAGUUAGAUUUAAAUAAUGAUUCUGUUAAAUAUAGAUUAGCUUUAAGAACAAAUAGUAUAUUAUGUAAUAUUAAUAUAAAAGAAGCUAUUAGUUUAUUUAAUAAUAGUUCAAAAAUAAGUGGUCAAAAUGUAAAUAAAUUUAGUUUGCAUUUUAUUUUAAAAAAUAAUAAUUAUUCAUAUAAUGAUGUUUAUAAUUACUUAAAUUAUCAGACAAAAAUAUACGGAGUUCCUCGAUCUAAUUUAUCAUCAUGUAUACAAAAACAUAAAUUUAGCCAUGAAAACCUACAAAAUACUAAGAGAAUUAUGUUGAAUUCUUCAAAAAGCCAAGUUAAUAGUUUCAAAAAUUCUACAGAUCAUAAUCAAUUUAUAUCUUUAGAUAAAUUGAAAAAUAAAUGGGAAAACUAUACACAUAUAAAAAAUCCAAACAACGUUUUAAUAAAAAAAAAUUCAAAACUAGAGACAUACGACAUUUCAAAUGAUAAUGAAUCGUUUAUUAGUAGAGUAAAAACAGAAAUACCUAUUAAAAAUAAAAUAAAUUUUUACAAAAACAAUGAAGAAAAAUUUAGAGAACAUUUGUUAAAUAAUCGACUAUAUAAUCAAUCACAUGAAAAAGGAAACGAUAAUUCAUCAAACUAUGGAAGAGGGAAACCAUAUAUGUUAAUUCAAAACGUAAAAUCAGCAAAUGAAUUUGAUAUUAAAGACGAUGUAUUACCAGAUGAUAGUGCAUCAAUGAUUCAUACUUAUGAUAAAGAAUCUGCAUUAUCAGAAAAGGGGAAAAAUAUAAAAGAAGGAAGCACAUUAACAAGUAAUUUUAGAGUAGUUAAUAAUAUGUUUUCUUCUGUCAAACAAAUAAUGAAAAAAAGAUAUGAAAUAAAAGAUUCUAUUAAUAAUAAAUAUGAAAUAAAUAAAAAGGAAAAAACUGAUGAUCCAAGUAUUAAAAAUUUAGAUAAUGAUAUUAAUGAAGAAAAAUCUGUUUGUUAUUCUCAGAUUCAUAACUUAAAAUAUUUUAAUACUAAUAAUUCUGUAUGCUCAUCUUAUGCAAAAAAUGAUGAUAACUUAAUUUUAGCCAUUAAAGAAAUAAAAAAAUGGAUGGAAAAAAUUGAAGAUAAAGUUAGUAAUAUAUCCUGUAAAGAAAGUGAAAUUAAUUUGAAUAAUCUAAAUAACAAGGAUGAAAAAUAUAAUAAAAUUUUAAGAUUUUUAAUAAAAAAUGUAAAAAAUCAUAUAAAUUAUAAAAACAAAGAUAUAUAUAAAAAUUGUUAUUUAAAUAUUAGAAAUUUGUAUCUUAUAAAAAAAAAUGAAAAAGUGAAAUUUGAAAAUAAGUUACUAUUAAGAAAUUAUGGAAAACUUAAAACAAGAUAUAAAAACGUACUAGUUAGUGUAUGUAAGAAAAAUUUUUUACUAAAAUAUUAUGCUAUAAAAGAUAAAUUUCAUUAUAACAAAAGAUAUGAAAAUAUGAUGAGACAUCUACAAUUAGAAAAAAAUGAUUUGCUAAGUAUAAUUGAAGAAAAAAAAUUUGAGCAAGAAAAUAAUUUAAAUAUAAAUCUUAUGUUAUCUGAAGAAUUAAAAAAAUUACAAGAAGAAAAAGAAUCAAUUCUCAAUAAAAAUUAUCAUUAUAAAAAUGAAAAGGACAAUAUGAUGAAUAAAUAUGAACUUUUACAUAAUGACUACAAUAUUUUAAAAGAAGAAAUAGAAAGUCUAAAGAAAGAAAAUGAAAAUAUUAAAAAUGAAAAUGAAAAUAUUAAAAAAGAAAAAGAAUCUUUAAAGAAAGAACUAGGAGAUACAAAAGCAAAAUAUUUUAAUUUAACUGGAAUAUUAGAAGGAGAAGAAAAAAUGUAUAGUAAAAAGGUAGAAGAACUUGAACAAAAGCUUAAUAAAGUUACAAAUGAAAAAAAUACAAUUAUUAAUGAAAUAAAAGAUGAAAUAGAUAAAUUCACAAAAAUCUUAAAUGAAAAGAAUGAAGAAAAUAUUAGAAUAAAAGAAAAAUUAAAAGAAUUAAAAAAUAUAGAAGAAAAAUAUAAGAACACUCAAAUGAAUUUCGAUUCUCUUAAAAAAGAAUUUGAGAAAUCUUUUGACGAAGUUCAAUUAAUUUUAAAAGAAAUGAUUCAAAAAGAAAAAGAGUAUACUAAAAAAUACAAUAAUUCUAUUAAAACUUUAGAAGAAGAACAUAAAGAAAAAAUAGAAAAAAUGAACGAUGAAAAAGAGAUUUUAAUAAAUGAAAAUAAUUAUUAUAAAGACUUGUGUAAAAACCAGUGCAAUAAAAUUAUAAGUUUUGAUGAUAGUCUAACAACAGCAGAGAAAUUAUUAGAACAUGUUUUAUCUCAGUAUCCUCAAUUAUUUAAUGAAUUUAGAAAUAAUUCUAGAAGUAAUUUAUUAAAUAAAUCAUUUGGAAAAAUGCAUUAUGAAAAUAUACAUGCUGUGAGAGACAAUAUUAAAUUAAUUAGAAAGUCAUUAAGUCAUUUUAAAAUGAGCUGUAAAAAUAAUUCAUUUAAUUUUAAAGUUUAUUCAGAUUCCAAAAGGUAUAAUAGAAAAAUUAGUCACUUAACCAUGAAAAGUAAACGAAUUAACAGUAUUUCAAGAAAUUUUGAAAAUGAUCAAAAGAUAAGAGAUAUUAAUAACGUAAGUUUUGAGAAUGAAAUUAGUGAAUCUUCCUUACUUAACAAAAGAAGUAUCAGUAAUAACAUGAAUAGGAAAAAUUCUAUAAUUUCAAUAAAUACUAAAAAAAAUAUAGAUGUUAAAAAAAAAUUAGAAAAUAAUGAUGCAUUAUUACAUAAAAAUAAUCUUGAAUUAAAUAGAUGUAUUUCCGUUAAUAGAAAAAAUCAAAUGCGUUUAAUUUCUGAAAAUAAUAACGAAAAUGAUAUUGAUGAAAUAAAAAACGAGAUAAAUAAUCAAAAUAGUGAAAUGAAUGAAUUAAAAAAUACUAAAAGGGAGUAUGUUGAUACAGAGAAAUGCUUUAAAAAGGAUGAUGAAAAUGAAUAUAAUAACAAUAAUGAAAAAAGUAACGAGAAUGUCGUUAAUAAAAGUGAUUAUCAAAAUAUUUAUAAAGAAAAUAAUGUUAGAAAUAAUACUAAUGAAAAUUUAAAUACAGAUAAAAAUGAUGAAAUAGAUAAUAAUUUAAGCAGAGAUAUAAAUGAACUAAACAAUAUUGACAUAGUAAAUAUGUAUGAAAAUGAGAAUUAUUCUAAUUAUGUUAAAAAUUCCGAAAAUUUGAUUACAGAUAUUGGAACUAUAGAAAAAAAUGAUAUAAAUAAUUGUAAUAAUGAACUCAACAACGAAGAAAUAAAAAGUAAUAGUAAGGAUCAUGUUGAAAAAGAUACAAUUAUAAAUAAAAAUAAUAAAGCAGAAACCGAUCAAUUAGAUAAAAACAAUUUCAAUGAAAUAAUAUCUUUUAUAGAAAAAAAUGUUAUUAAAAAUUCGGAAUCUUUGAAUAAUAAAUUUAAUGAAAACUCUAAUAACAAUUAUAAUAGUGUUCUUAAAAAUAAUACUAAUGAUUUUGAUAAUAUAUGUAAUAAUAUCAUAAAUGAGGAAAACAAAUCUUCCAAUAAAACAAGUAAAAUUUUGAGAAAAACAAAUUCAUCUAUCACUUCAUAUAAAUCAUUAUAUAAUUUCAAAAACACAGAUAGAUAUAAAAAUGUCGAUAAUACAAUUAAAGCUGCUUCAGAUAGCAGUUCAAUUAAAAAUAUAAGUAAUAAUUCUAAGUUACAGAAUAACAAAAAUAAUAUAACAACUAACAUAAAAAAAAUUUAUCAAAAAAACGUAAGCAAUACUACAGUAGGAAAGACAAUAACAAAUGCAACAAAAAAAAAUUCUUCUAUGAUUUAUCAAAAAACAAACGAAACGAAUUUAUAUAAUAAUGAAGGAACACCUCGAAUAUACACAACUCAUUAUAAGUGCAAAAAUAUUGAUGAAUUUGCUAAUAUUAAAAAGGAUGAUUUAAAAAACUCUAAAUAUUCUAAAGUCUCCUUGAUAAAAAAAAACUUGACACCUGAUAAAUUAAGAAACAAAAGUAAUAGCACAAAUAAGACUAUUAUUUCAAAAAAGUAA